CGUUUUGUCUCCUUCUCCUUUCUCCUUCUCUCUCUCUCUCCCUCUCUAACUAUAAACAAAAACCUACUUUUAAUUUCUCUUACAAGUGAAGUCAAGAACCAAGAAGAAGACAUGACAGGUGAAGUUCUUCAGACAGUCUCUAGCGGAUCCGGAUUUGCUCAGAGUUCAUCAACUCUUGAUCAUGAUGAAUCUCUCAUCAACCCUCAUCUUGUUAAGAAGAAGAGAAAUCUCCCUGGAAAUCCUGAUCCGGAAGCUGAAGUAAUAGCUUUAUCUCCCAAGACCUUGAUGGCUACGAAUCGGUUCCUAUGCGAGGUCUGUGGCAAAGGUUUCCAAAGAGACCAAAACUUACAGCUUCAUCGCCGAGGACACAAUCUUCCAUGGAAGCUAAAGCAGAGGACGAGCAAAGAAGUGAGGAAACGUGUCUACGUUUGUCCAGAGAAGACUUGUGUCCACCAUCACUCUUCUAGAGCCCUCGGCGAUCUCACCGGAAUCAAAAAACAUUUCUGUAGGAAACACGGCGAGAAGAAGUGGAAGUGCGAGAAAUGUGCCAAGAGAUACGCUGUUCAUUCUGAUUAUAAAGCUCAUUCCAAGACUUGUGGUACUAGAGAGUACCGUUGCGACUGUGGCACCAUUUUCUCCAGGCGAGAUAGUUUCAUCACUCAUAGAGCUUUCUGCGAUGCGUUAGCGGAAGAAACCGCUAAAAUAAACGCAGCGUCUCAUCUCAACGGUUUAGCCGCGGCUGGAGCCGCAGGAAUUAAUCUAAACUAUCAAUAUCUCAUGGGAACACUCAACCCACCGCUUCAACCAUUUGUACCGCAACCGCCAACGAAUCAAAACAACAACCAUCAUCAUUUUCUGCCGCUACCUCCGUCUUCCUCUUUCUCACUCUCCCUAUGGAUGGGACAAGACAUCGCGCCGCCACAAACCCAACCCCAAGAUUAUGACUGGGUUUUCGGAAACGCUAAGGCCGCGUCUGCAACGUGCAUUAAUAACAACAAUCACGAUGAGCUCAUAACACAAAACGCAAACGCGACUUCGACCACUACUACUGCUACUAAUUCUCUCUCUGUGCCUUGUUUGUUCAGCAGCGAUCAAACACAAAACGCAAACGCAAACGCGAAUAUGUCCGCUACAGCGUUACUUCAGAAAGCGGCUGAAAUCGGCGCCAAUUCGUCGACGACGGCGAUGACCACAGACCCGUCGACGAUUCUCCAGAGUUUCCCGCUAAAAUCCUCCGAUCAAACCGCCACUUAUGAUUCCGGAGAAAAGUUCUUCGCUUUGUUCGGAUCUAACAACAACAUUGGAUUGAUGAAUCAUAGUCAUGAUCAGGAGAUUGAGAACGCUAGAAAUGACGUUACGGUUGCGUCUGCGUUGGAUGAAUUACAGAAUUACCCUUGGAAACGUAGAAGAGUUGAUGGAGGAGGCGAGGGAGGUGGAGGAGGGCAAACUCGGGAUUUCCUUGGGGUCGGUGUGCAAACGUUGUGCCCUCAUCCAUCGUCUAUCAAUGGAUGGAUUUGAAACGAUUUUAAAGUUUCGGGGGUAAUGCUUAAAUAACGAAAAAGGACAAGGAAUCUUUUGUAAUUUCCACCAUUUUCUAAGAACGCAUAUGGUAAUGGAAAUGUUUUCUUUUA